CAAAUUUAUUUUACUAUACUUAUAAUACAAAAUAGCUUUAAUUGGCAAAUUAAAUUCAGUUGAUAUUUUUGGGAAAGCACUUAACACUUUUUUCUCUUUUUAAACUCCAACAGAUAAAUAAAUGUUGCUCAGACCACCGCAUCUCAAGAUUGACUCGAUCCAAGUACUCCACCCAAUGAUUCAUAAACUCAUGUUUAUCUAUGGGGAUGAGAAGCUACCUACACAAGCUAUGGAGGCAAAAUCAGAGAGGUGCUUGCUCUCCCACAACUCCAUAAAAACAGAAUCCAGCAAAAAAAAAAACAGGUUUAUCUUCUAUCACACAAGUGCGGAAGUAAGCCCUAUGCACUCGAGACCACAAUAGAUGAAGAGCAAGACGGCAGCAAGCCCUAUCGAUGGCAGCGAUUGGCUCUUAAGGUUGAGGACAUCUUUGGUGAUUCCGCAUAGCAUUAGACGAUUCGGUAACUCGAUCUUAGGACAUCAACAGAGAAGAUGCAUGGGUGAAGAACAUUUUCAUUUUUUCAUCCCAACUAUGCCAUGAAUUCAUUAUUCUUCAUAUAGUUAGAUGGUUGGUUGACACAUUCUACUAUGUAGACUCUCAUUACGUAUGUUAUAUGCUUAUAUGGCUACUUUGAUAUAGGUUGCAAUAUUCUGAGGAUGUUCAAUAAUGGUAAAAGACUAUGAAAAUGUGAAGCUGCGAUGGCCAAGAGCCCAAGAUUUUGUUUUUUUGAAAAAUGGAAGAGGCAUGCUAUGAUGAAGAAGCCAAAGAUCUCAACGAAGAAUACUUUCUACCUAAAGCAACGUAACAUGCGUUGCAAUGGAGCAGAUCACAUAAAAGGAUAAUUUUUAA